CUCGAAUCCCAUGUGUUGUACGUAUUCCGUAGCCAUUUUGGCUCAAGUUUGCCUCGAGUCAACGAAUUCAAACAUACUGAACACAUCGGUACCGUAUUGUGCCCCAUAGCAUGUUGCGGCGAACGCGCCUUGCGACAUCUCGAUAUGGAGUGGUGGAACUUAUCAAGCUAUUGAGUUUUCUUCCAUUUGCGGCGUCAUUGGCGCUGCCCUCAGUCGCUUCUCAUCGCGAGUGUAAGCCGGAAGCGACAACUAAGUAUUCAAUUCGUUGGGGCGCGAAGCCCUCAGGGAUGGGAAACCUAUGGGAAUACUAUCACUUCUUGAUCGAUUUUGCACCAGCUAUGUUGCACUUCAUGCGCAACGACAGCGCGCCCUGCAAAAGUUUGCAGGUGCCAGACUGGCGCAAUCACAAGUUCCUCUUGGCGUUGCCGGGCCAGCCGCAGAGGAGUAUGGAAGCGCACUUUGAGUUCCUCUUGGGGCGGCCGUUGGGUCUGACCAUCGAAGUCGCCAGCAGCUUUGAGGCCUUCGCGGCGAACGCCAGGACGUCGAGGCAGGUCGACUGGGACUGCCACGGCGCAGGCCAGUCGAAUGCGUGGUCUGGAUUCCCCAAAGAGUACUUCGUGGAGUUCCGGGACCACGCCUGGGGCCUGCCCGGCGUGCCGCCAGCCCGGCACCGGGACGUCAUCGCUGUGAAGCGCGGAUACCUCCAGAACUACACGGGCCCACCCACGGGGUGUUCUCGUCGAUGCCUGGACGAGCGCUUCUACUAUCGCCUGCUUGAAGUUUCGCUAUCGCACGACUGGGACACGUCUGUGGUGGCGCUGGAAAAUCAAGCUAUUGCCGACCAGAUCGCCUUGUUUUCGCAUGUGAAUGUCAUUAUUGCGCAGCAUGGCGCCGCGCUGUCGAACAUCAUCUUUGCACCUCCAGGAACGCUGGCCGUCGAGGUGGGAAAGGCCGACUUUCCAUGCUUCCAGACGUUAUCUGCAAAACUUGGGUUACCUUUUCUCCAUUACGGUAAGUAUGAGUUUUCAGACCACGUUGCACAAGGCAUCUCGAAAGCGUUAGCAGAUGACGUCGGCAGAGGCGACAAGCAGUUAAGGGAGCUUCGCGACGUCAUCGGGCGGUUCGUGCUGCCUCCACAGCAGCGCGCCUCCCACGUGCGCUGCCCCGCUUUCGCAACGUGCGUGGGGCAGCAGUUCGGGCAGUAGUAGAGGUAGAGACUUCCCCGCCCUGUCUGUUAGGGUUACAUCAGCCACGCGCGCUCUUUGGGUGGGGCACUUCGUAUCGCCAGCCUGCAUUCUGACAGCCGGUGGGCGCCCCGGGCCAGCGGAAUAAUUUCGAGCGCUGGUCCCAGCAGCGGCCACUGUCAUCGGCGGUUCCGUCGGUUGGGUAGGCCAUCCCUACGGGGACUGCGGGGAGCGCUUUUGCUCGCAUCUUUUUCCCCUCCUCCCCGUCCUCUCUUUGGGGCCGCGAGCGUUUCAGCCCGCUCGUGUGAGGUUGCCAAGGCCCGUUCGAGCCCUCGCUUCUGUGCGCACGAAUCUAAAAAAACAAAUCCCAUGUGUUUUACGUAUGCUCCUAUAGAUUGGGCCUCACCUGGAGCACGACUCCUUGAUGUUAUACGUAUGUUUCUAUAGAUUGUCCUUCUCCUGUGUACACAAUCCUAACUGUUUUACUUAUGUUCCUAUAUG